AUGUUCACUAAGGAAGUAGCUAAGUUGAAAAAGAAAGAUAUCUGUCAAGACAGUUUUCCAUGUCUACCUGGAAUAGAAAAAUCUUGGGAGAACAUCCACUACAAAGUAGAUAUAUGGGGUAAAUAUCAGACACCUGGAAAUGUAUUUAGCCCAUUGGUCAGGGUUGAUGAUGAUAAUACAGAACCUCCUCUCCAAGGAAUAAAGACAGUAGACCAACUGUUUCGUUCCUCUGUUAAACGUUUUGGAACAACUAAAUGCUUUGGCACCAGAGAAGUGAGAGGAUCAGAGGAAGAAGUCCAAAAAGAUGGGAAAGUUUUCAAAAAGUUAAUCCUAGGAGAUUAUAAGUGGAUGACUUAUGAAGAAACUGACAAAAAGGUGGAGCUCAUAGGUAGAGGACUUAUGGCAGUAGGCCUUCGGCCCAGACAAAAUGUUGUUAUCUUUGCUGAAACACGUGUGGAAUGGAUGAUAACAGCACAGGCUUGCCUUCGCUUCAACAUUCCAGUUGUAACUUUAUACCCUACACUCGGAGAGGAUGGAAUUAUUCAUGGAGUUAAUGAAACGGAAGCCACACACAUCAUUACUUCUCAAGACUUACUGCACAGACUAAAGAAUGUUGUUGACGAAAUGCCAUCAGUUAAUCAUAUUAUCUACAUGGAAGCACUUGAGGAUCCAGAUCUGAAUGGCUUUCCAAGUUCAGUAGAUAUGCGACCUUUCUCGGAGAUUGAAGAGCUUGGCCAUAAAGCUGAUCCAGAACUAACAGGAGAAGUUCCUGGCCCAGAUGACAUUGCCAUUAUCAUGUACACAAGUGGUUCUACUGGAGUUCCUAAAGGUGUGAUGAUCACCCACAGUAAUGUUGUUGCCACUGCAAAUGGUUUUGCAACUGUGACAUCUGAAUUAUCAAACAAUGAACUCUUUAUGGCAUACCUCCCAUUAGCACAUGUAUUUGAGCUAGCUGCCGAGAAUUUUUUCUUGGCAAAGGGUGUUCCAAUAGGCUACUCUUCACCACAUACAAUGACAGAUAAAUCUACAGCAAUUAAAUCUGGAUGUAAAGGAGAUGCAUCACUUCUUAAACCGACCAUUAUAUUGGCUGUUCCUGUGAGUAAAAUAUUGACAUUUGGUUGUUCAGCCCACCUUCAGCGAAUAGAGAUCCCCACAAAGGUGAAACUUGUUACUGAGGAGUGGGUUCCAGAUACUGGUCUAGUCACUGCAGCUUUCAAGUUGCGUCGGAAAAUUAUUCAGAACUAUUAUAGAUGUGAUAUUGAAACUAUGUACGGUCGGAUCUCAAAUGGUAUUUCAAAAUCAGCAUAGAACGAAGUUUGAGUUUUGACUAGAUUUACAAGGAAAACGCAUGCUACUAACUGGCUUACUUGUACCAGUCUCAAUCCCUCUAAUUAAUGCAAAAUCAUGCAAGAUAUUUUUUUUUUCUUGUCAUUUGGGUGUCAUAACAAUAAUCAGGGCAGCUAGUUGUGUAUGUUUAGUUAAUAACUUGAAGUGCUUGAAUUAAUUGAGAAAAACUUAUUAAGACUAGGGGGAGGUAUUGGUAAUCUAACUUAAUAGUUAUAUAUACAUAUGUACGCAUGUAUAAAAAUGUGGUACGUUAAAUUUUGUGUGAUAUUUUGUCUGAUAAUAUAUUAGUUGGGGGAUUAAUUUAAUAAAGACAGAAAAUUGUUGGUUGCAGUUUAGGAAUGCAAGUUUUGAUAUUUAAUUUUUGUGGAUACUUAAUGGCAUACUUUAAAUUAGUAUUCCUGCAUAGAUGAUCUCAAGCAUAUAGAAAAGUUAUUUUAAUUGGAAAGUAAAAUUUCCAAGUAAUGUGUUACAUACUUCAGAUGUUAGGUUUAUUCAAUAGCUACUGAUAACACCUCUCUACAGAUCUUUUAUGUUUACUGACCAUAGAAGAUUUAUCAAUUCAAGGCAAAUUUUCAAGAACUAUCAUGGAUACCACAGCUAAUUAGGUUAGUUUUUCUGCAUUUGAAAUAAACUGGGUUAUGUACAUUUCGUUUCUCUCUCUCUCUCUCUGAAUCAACUUAUUUCCACAUGCAUAUUUGUUUUGUACUUGCUAUUCAGUAGGAUCAUAUCACAAGCUAGCAAGGUUUAAUGAAGGCGUGAUGACCUUAUUUUAAACUGCAGCUGUGUUAUUUGCACUUGGUACUCUUUCGUCAAAAUAAGUGACACCAUUACUACUGGUAAAGUAAUGCACUAGAGUAAAAUUCUCCAUUAUCUAAUAAGAAUAUGUGUCUCUAUUAUUGUGCAUCAUAAUUUUUAUUCAUUAAAAAUGUUUUUCAUUGGCUUAGAAAGUGUUAUUGAAAGUUGUGCCUUAAUAUUAAAAUGUAAGCUAUUGGCAGAACUUUUGUUUGUAUAAACAGCAAUCUUAUAACAUCUUGUAACUUAAUGAACAACUACAGAAGAUUUCUAUAUUGGUUAAUGCUUUGCACAUCAGUUUUUGUUAGAGAUACCAAGUACCAAUUUGUCAUUUAACACUUGCAGUACUAAUUUAGUUGAGUUUAAGUUUUCUUAGAGCAGUUAAAGAGAUUAAUUUUAAUAUUAUGGGUAAAAAAAAUUAUUACAACGCGAUAAGUUGUUUGAAAUAAAUUACAAUAGGUGAAUUAAAAUAUGAAGUUUCUACUUUUUCACUGCAUGGCGCUUAGUUUAUUUGGUAUGCUUCGUGUUAAUAAUAACAUGAUAAAGCUAACAUUCUUAGAAAGAGUUUUUCCAGAGUGUCUGCUUACUAAAAAGAAAUAAUAAGUUAUUCCAGAACUUUCCUUUUACCAGUUUAUUCACACUUUUGUUCAACUAAGAUCUAGUUGUACAUUUUCCAUCAAAAAGAGUUUAUACAUUCUAAAGAUUAUAGAUAUGAAAGAAAAAUUAGCGAGUUUGUUAUUAAAGGUGAGAGGUGAGGUAAUUCCUUUAAAUACUCUGUUUUACUUAACAUGUUAAGUUGGUAUUCUUACCAGGUAACAAUUGUUCAACUAUGUGUUCUCUGUAUUUGGACUCGCUUAUGAAAAAUGGCUAUAAUUUCAUUUCUUGAUGUUAAAUCACAAAAUGUUUUGUGUAGAAUGUGUAACUCCAUUUCCACAGUUAUAUUAUACACUUUUUCUCCAGUAUGUAUUUUUUUUCUAUAUUCAAACUGUUCCCUAUUGUGGACAUUGUAAAAAAAGACAUUGAUAUAAAAAGCACCAUUAAAAAAGUUCUUACUCCAUUGGUCAUUGUCAAGACAUCUGUUAGUGGUUGUACAAAUAAGGUGUUUAAAACUACAAUCUGGUGUAUACAGUAAUUAUGUCAAUGGAUUAAAGGUUUAACUUAA